GGCGGGCGCGCGGGAUGCGGGCAGCGGGAGCGCAUGGCAGGUGGCGGGAAGCGGAGGCCGCGCGGCGCGGCGGGACCGGCCGGAGAGCAGAGUGAAAAAAAUGGAGCUGUCAAGAAGAGGAGAUCAAAUCAGGCAGAUAAUCCUGAUAGUCUGUGCCAAGAAGCAGAAACAUGCUAUCGGCUUAGGCUGCCUGAGGACUUCUACCAGUUUUGGAAGUUUUGUGAGGAACUAGAUCCUGAGAAACCAAGUGAUGCACUUGUGUCAAGUGUUGGACUUAAGCUGGUUGGACCAUAUGAUAUUCUUGCUGGAAAACACAAAAAAGCAAAAUCAACAGAUGUGAACUUCAAUCUUCAUUGGAGAUUCUUCUAUGAUCCCCCAGAAUUUCAGACUAUACUUCUUGGGGAUAGCAGAACACAGUAUCACAUGGGAUAUUUCAGGGAUGUGCCAGAUGAGCUCCCAGUGUGGGUUGGUGCAAAUGAAGCUAAGAAGGGUUGUGUGAUUUCACAAGUUGGUGAUAAUGUCUUUGCUGCAGUCAAAUUGUUUUUGUCAAAAAAACUUAAGGAAGUGGCUGAUAAAAAGAAAACUGCUGUUUUGAAAGACAUAGAUGAAAAGCUAACAAGAGCAGCAAAGGAACUGGGUUAUUCUCUGGAACAAAAAACCCUGAAGAUGAAACAGAGAGAUAAGAAAGUGGUGACCAAAGCAUUUCACGGAGCAGGCCUAGUCGUUCCUGUAGACAAAAAUGAUGUUGGAUACAGAGAACUUCCUGAAACAAAUGCUAAUCUUAAAAAAAUUUGCAAGGCCAUUGUUGAUGCUCCGACUGAUGAGGAGAGGGUGAAAGCCUUUGCACCCAUUCAAGAAAUGCUGACCUUUGUUCAGUUUGCUAAUGAUGAAUGUGACUAUGGAAUGGGGUACGAACUGGGCAUGGACCUGUUUUGCUAUGGAUCACAUUACUUCCACAAGACGGUGGGCCAGCUGCUGCCCCUGGCUUACACCCUGCUGAAGAGGAACCUCUUUGCCGAAAUCAUCGAGCAGCACCUGGGCAACCGGCGGGAGGAGGACCCGGAUCAGCUGGUGCCCUGAGCCGGGCUCGGGGGCUGCAGCUGGGGGUGGCCCUGCACGCCUGGGAGCGGGCUCGUCUUUGUGUGUGUGUGUCUGUGGGUCUUUUUGUACUCGGUGGCGGUGUCCCCUGCGGUCAGUAAAGGUUUUCUAAGGAACGUGCUGCUUCCCGGUGCUGGCUGCAGGUGGGCCCGGGACAGGGAGCGGGGCUGAGGCGCUGCGGGGCUGUGGCACUGCCCGGGAGGCACACCUGGGCCGGGGCUGGUGCUCUCAGGAAGCACGGUGAGGGCGGGCCCCUGUGCCUCGGUCACCACCUGCCUGUGCCAUGGGCAAACGGAGCCACAUGUCCCUGCUGCAGGUGAUGGUUCUGCCCUUCUGCGUUUCCCUGGUUGGCUCCCACCCCUCAGGUAAAGCAUUCCCUUACUGCAGCAUUCCCCUGUGGCAGAGCACUGUCCCUGCUCCUACAUUGCUGGAGCCUGGCUCAAGUGGGAGGAAGGAAACUAAUGGGAUGAAAGAAAUGCUAACUUGAUGUUACAAGACAAAUUAGGGAAUUCCACUGCUUGUUGCUACCUUGCUAAUCAGAAAAAGCCAUCUCCAGUUUUAAACAUUGAAAAAUUAAACCCAGGUGAUUUUGUUCAAGGCGCAAAUUGUUUUCAAGGUCCUUACCCCCAGUUCUGUGUUCUUGUUAUUGCACUUGAAGGUUUAUUCUCAGGCAAUUAAAGUAACAGUCCAGAAACAAUGGAAAGUAACAUUGGCUCUUACUCAACAGCCCUGCCACCAUCCAAUGAUGAUGACUUCCACUGUAGCAAUUCACAUCAGUACUAACGACAGCAAUGCUAAUUAUUACUGCUAAAGAUUAUAGGCUACUAGCACCAUGUUCAAAUAUAAGUCAUUCGUACUCUUUUAAGCAAAGAAUUGUUAGUUAAAUGUUACUUUAUGGUUUACUUUAUGGUAGAAGGGAGCAUUGAAGGUACAAUGUAGGUUAGAGUGCUGCAAAAGUAUUAUGAGUUUCAAAUGUGUAAGGUAAUCACAUGCCACACCUACUUGUGUAAAUUUGACUUCACCCCUUUCAUUCACCCUUUCACUCAUUAAACUCAUGGAAUUAA